GUCCUCACCUCCUUUCUUCUUGCUGAAAAGCAAGAUUGCUACAGCUAAAUUAGGCUGUGGCAACAAUUUUCCAGUAUUGUGUUUUGCUCCGUGUUUUGGGUUGAACUUGUGCUUUUUCGUUUCUUCAAACAUGGCUAGUACAUCGAAACCUCAAAAAAUACCCAAAGUAGCAAAAGUUAAAAACAAAACUCCAGCGGAAAUUCAAAUUACUGCAGAACAAUUACUGAGAGAAGCUAAAGAAAGAGACUUAGAAAUCUUACCUCCGCCUCCAAAACAAAAGAUAUCUGAUCCCGAAGAGCUUGCCGAAUAUCAGCUACGGAAAAGGAAGACUUUUGAAGACAAUAUUAGGAAAAACAGAACAAAAAUAAAUAACUGGAUUAAAUAUGCACAGUGGGAAGAGAGCCAAAAGGAAAUUAACAGGGCACGCUCUGUAUAUGAACGAGCACUGGAUGUCGACAAAAGAAGUAUUACCUUAUGGUUGAAGUAUGCUGAAAUGGAAAUGAAGCAUCGUCAAGUAAAUCAUGCUCGUAACAUUUUUGAUCGAGCAGUGACACAUUUGCCUCGAGUAAAUCAGUUUUGGUACAAAUUUGUCUAUAUGGAGCAGUCACUUAAUAACAUUGCUGGUGCACGCCAGAUCUUUGAAAGAUGGAUAGAAUGGGAACCUGAUGAACAAGCCUGGCUAACCUACAUUAACUUUGAACUUCGUCAUAAGGAAAUUGACCGCGCUCGGCAGAUUUAUGAGCGUUUUGUAAUGGUUCAUCCUGAUGUAAAGAACUGGAUCAGAUAUUCGAAGUUUGAAGAACAGAAUCAAUUUAUAGCUAGAGCAAGAGCAGUGUUUGAAAGGGCUGUUGAAUUCUUUGGUGAAGAGCAUAUGGAUGAAAAACUCUUUAUUGCAUUUGCAAAAUUUGAAGAAAACCAAAAGGAGCAUGAUAGAGUCCGAGUGAUUUAUAAGUAUGCUUUAGACAAGAUACCCAAAGAAAACGCUCAAGAACUCUUCAAGAAAUAUACCAUCCAUGAGAAGAAAUAUGGUGAUAGAGCUGGCAUUGAAAAUGUUAUUGUAAGCAGAAGAAAAUAUCAAUACGAAGAGGAAGUGAAAAACAAUCCUCUUAAUUAUGACAGUUGGUUUGAUUACUUACGCCUGAUGGAAAGUGAAGAUAAUAUUGUAGCAAUCAGAGAGGUGUAUGAAAGAGCAAUAGCAAAUGUUCCUUUAAAGAAGGAUAAAAGGUACUGGCGGCGAUACAUCUAUUUAUGGAUAAAUUAUGCUUUGUUUGAAGAGUUACAAGUUAAAGGAGUGGAAGAAGAUCGAACAAGAGAGGUAUACCAAGCAUGUCUGAAAUUAAUACCUCAUAAAGUAUUCACCUUCGCAAAGAUAUGGCUCCUGGCAGCUCAGUAUGAAAUUCGUGAAAAAAACUUAACUGCAGCAAGGAAGCUUUUGGGCACUGCUAUUGGAAUGCGUCCGAAAGACAAGCUGUUCCGAGGUUAUAUUGAUUUGGAAAUCCAGUUAAGAGAGUUUGAUAGAUGUCGUAUUUUGUACCAGAAAUUUUUAGAAUUUGCACCAGAAAACUGCACCACUUGGAUGAAGGGGUGGCCAACUGCGGCUCUUUGAAGGAUUAUUUGUGGCUCUCGAUAAAUGUACCUUU